GCGGGACCCGCGAGGAGAUUACGACGGUUUUGGGCGGUCGACAGAAGAGGCGUUGCCUGGUAACAGAAUCCGCCAGCCGCCUGCACGUCACGAAGACGACAGGCCCGCCAACGCCUCCAUCAACACAAGCUCCGACGGUCAAACGUCCGGCGAUGCCGUGCUCGUGCACCGAGUGGCGGCGAUGGAUCCGUCCGCUGGUUCUGGUCGUGUACGGCUUGCUGCUGGCGGCCGUGGUGCCGCUGUGCGUGUGGGAGCUGCACAAGGACAAGGUGGGGACUCACAGCAAAGCGUGGUUCAUCGCCGGCGUCUUUGUCUUUCUCACCAUUCCCAUCUCGCUGUGGGACAUUUUGCAACACUUGGUGCACUACACGCAGCCGGAGCUGCAGAGGCCAAUCAUCAGGAUACUAUGGAUGGUGCCCAUCUACAGUCUGGACAGUUGGCUGGCCCUGAGGUAUCCCAGCCUAGCCAUCUACGUGGACACCUGCAGGGAAUGCUACGAGGCGUACGUCAUUUACAACUUCCUGGUGUUCCUGCUCAACUUCCUGAGUAACCAGUACCCCAGCCUGGUGCUGAUGCUGGAGGUGCAGCAGCAACAGGCUCACCUGCCGCCACUCUGCUGCUGCCCACCGUGGCCCAUGGGAGAAGUGCUGCUCUUCAGAUGCAAGCUGGGAGUCCUCCAGUACACCGUGGUCCGGCCCGUAACCACGGUGACAGCGCUGGUCUGUCAGCUGUGCGGCGUUUAUGACGAAGCCAACUUCAGCUUUCAGAACGCCUGGUCCUACCUGGUUAUCAUCAACAACAUAUCGCAACUGUUCGCCAUGUACUGUCUGGUGUUGCUCUACCGAGCGCUGAAAGAGGAGCUGACUCCCAUCAGGCCUGUGGGCAAAUUCCUCUGCGUCAAACUGGUGGUGUUCGUCUCCUUCUGGCAGGCGGUGCUGAUCGCGUUCCUGGUGAAGGUGGGCAUCAUCUCGGAUAAACACACGUGGGACUGGGCCAGCGUCGAGGCGGUUGCCACCGGGCUGCAGGACUUCAUCAUCUGCAUUGAAAUGUUCCUGGCUGCCAUUGCGCACCAUUACACCUUCACGUACAAGCCCUACGUGCAGGAGGCAGAGGAAGGAACGUGCUUGGACAGUUUUCUCGCCAUGUGGGACUUCUCAGACAUCAGGGCCGACGUCACUGAGCAGGUUCGCCAUGUUGGCCGCACCUUCCUGGGCCGUCCGAACAAGAUUUACUUUGGCGCGGCCGCCCGCCCCGAGCACAGCGAGCACACCGGCCUCCUAUCUCAGGGUGCCGCGGCCGCAGCCGUCUCCGUGCCCGCCUCGCCUUCCUCGACCGGUCGCUACCAGGGCCUCGGGUACACCCCGGCCCCGCACUCCAUCUCGGCUCCGGAGGGAUUUACCACGGCGUCUUGGGAUGAGGACGACGGCGACCGCUCCUCAACGCGAGCGGCGGAUGCUCAUUAACAGGCCGGCAUGCGAUGCUUGUUUCUCGGGCAAAAUGCAUCACUUGGACACGUUACCUUGCAACCGAUUCCCUUUUAGAUGGGGCAUGGUCGGACAUUUCAGACCACACAAAAAAACUGAAUUGUUGUAAAGGUGAGCUCAUCCCACUGCAUACAUACAGGUAGGUGUGUGUGUGUGUGUUUGUGUGUGUGUGUGUCUCAUACACAUAUAAUAAAUAAUAGUGCUAUA